AUGGAGUGCCCGUCUUGCCACCACGUCUCCAAAGACGAGGCGCCCAAAUUCUGCAGCGAGUGUGGAGUCAGGCUUCCUGCGGUGCCCCCGCCAGGUCCUGAGGUACACAGCGCUGAGCUGCUGCCUGCUCCGGACGGGGAAAUGGAGUGUGGGCAGGAGCUGAAGGAAGGUGGUGGCUCGUUCUUGUCCCUGGGGCCAGCCGACCAGCCCGAGGACCCAGACCAGUCCUGUACAGAUGUGUCCUGGGCCACCCAGCAGAGCAAGAGGAAGAGGAAGAGGAGGAAGAAGACUCAGAGGGCAUCUACGUCUGAUGAGCUGACCUCAUUGCCCCAGUCUCCCUCGGCCCCAAGUAGCCUGGGCUCUCUGGCACUCCCUGAAGGCCACGGUCAGCAAGGCGGUGUGAGCAGCCAGCCUAGCCAGUCCCCCGUCGACAGCCCUGCAGCCAGGUGUGACCAGAGCCCACCCAGCCCAGGGGCCGGGAAUCAGGAUGUGAGCCUGAGCGAGACACAGAUGGAGGGUGAGGGCCCCACAGGGCCCCUUGGGGACGUGGCCAAGGCCAGCAGCUGCCCUCUGGAUGGAGGAGCAGAAGCGGCGCCCAGAGCAGAGGCCCAGAUGAGCACUGGGCCUCAGGAACCCUCCAGCCCCUCGCAGGGGGUGGCUGGCCUUCCCGAAGCUGCCCCUGGGGCCAGUCCCGUGGAUCACGGCGCUACCCAGACACAACCAUUGCCGGAGUCAAAAGGAGCCGACUCUGAGCCCAGGGAAGGAGCCCAGGCCGCCAGGGAGCAGGCAGAGACCCCGGCCUCGGAGGCUGUGGGUGCGGCAGAGAAACCAGCCUGUGGAGGAACGGGGGAGGGCGGCAGGGACAGUAAGGACAAGGCGCUGCCAGCCAGUGUCCCUGCGUCCAAGGAACAAGGCCAGGAAGCAGAGUCCAAGGACAGGAAGGCCGUGUCCGGAAGGAAAGCAGGCGAAGGUGGGAAAACCCCGGCAGAAGACCAGGAGAAACCAGCAGGAGGUCGCAGAGAUGACCCUGCGCGGGCCAAGACCGACAAGGAGCAGCGCAACCAGAAAGCGCAUGCGCAGGAGGUGGAGCGCACGCUGGGUCCUGGUGAAGGCAUCAUGGUACACUUCCACGCCAUUGUCUCCAAGGACUUCUCCUUCGACUCCAAGCAGCACCGAGUGAUCGUCCGGGGCGGGGAGGAGCUGGGGGCGCCCAAGUGGAGCCGGCGAGUGUGUGAGAUGAGCUUCUCCAAAGACUUGGGCGAGCACGGGUGCCUCAUUGAAGGCAGCACCUUCAUUUCCAAGCGGAGCCUGGACAAGCCCAUUCCCUACAAGUACGUCAUCGCGCGGGAGCAGGGCACGGAGGAGUACGAGUUCAUCUACAAGCGUCAGAAGAGUCAUGAGCACGUGAACCGUUGUCUGCACAUCAGGUCUUCCCUUCUGGGCGCAGGAGAUUGGCAUCAGUACGAUGACAUCAUUUGCAUGAGGCCUCCUGGGAAGUUCCGGAGGCUGUUGGAUAACUUUACGGACAGAACAAGGAAGGACCUGGUGAAGGGCAAGCAGAUCGCGGCCAGAGUCAUGCUGGACAGCAUCUUCAGCAUCCUGCAGACCUGGGACGCCGUCAAUCUGAGGAGCUUUCUCACCCAGCUGCGGCAGUUCUUUGCCGUUGCCCGAGAGCCGGUCGUCUACGAGGGCGGACCCCAGCCGUGGAGCGCACUGCACUACGGAGAGCAAGAGGUGAAGAGUGACCUGUGGGCGUACCUGAAAGAGAAAAUGGCUCUGAUUCGGAGAAAGGACGCUCUGCCCGACGACUGGCCUGUGAGGAGCGGGCCGAGGAUGGGCCUCAUUGUCCUGUUCGCGAUGGAAGAGUUUUCGCUCCCCGUGCCGAGCCCUGACCUGUCCUCACUGUGCACCCUUUUCUGCGCCGACGUCAGCUCGCCAGAUGGACUUCGCAGAGACUUACAGCCCAUCGCUGGAGCAUCCUGGAGCUGCAGAACAUCCUUGGUAGACCUGUGCCAGCUGUGCAUGGACAGAAGGGUAGACUCCUGGAUCCUCACGCUCCCCGUGCUCCACCACUGUGUGGGGCUGGCCCCGCAAGGGAAGGACAUCCCUCCUGAGGACACGUGGGCAGUCCUCGAGGGCCUCUGCUUCUCUGAGUUCCGGGAGAAAAGAUCAGGCCAGAACCCGCUGCUUCCGCUCAUGGAAAAGCACCAGUGUUUGCUGACAGUGGAUGACCGUCUGUUCCGAUCCUGGUUCAGUCUGCUGCCUCUGUGUGAACUGAGUGACUACAUGGGGUCCGUGGUUGAGAAUUUGAUGGCGUCCCCUGCUCGCUUCCUGGAGUGCUUCCAAGGGGUUUACUACCGCCUUCGAAGACUCCAGGAAAUCUCGUACAGACACCAGGAGGGCAUUGACAAAGUUUUCAAAAUGCUGUUGCACCUUCUGGAUGCGAAUUUGAACAAGGCUCCGGAGGGUCCCGUCUUUCAGUCCUACCUGACCAUCUGCCUGAAGCUUCACGAAACCGUCUGUGAGAUCACCAAAAGUGAAAAGUUUUACGAGAUCCCCGUCCUGUCUGCAGAGAUGAUUAGCAGAAUCGUUGCGCUUCAACCUCUCGUGGACUCGGCAGAAGCGCAGGGCCACGGCCCCGGAAAGAAGGACUCCGUCCAAACGCUGUUCCAGGGCACUCUCACUGCGACGAGGCGCUGGCUGCAGCGCAGUUUUACCAGGAAGAUGCUCCAGAAUUUCUACCCUUCCCUCGUCUCCUUCUCUUACCCCGAGGAAAUGAAGGUCUGGAGCCGGCUGGUGGAAAUCCACUUUGCUGUGGACGAUGGCUGGAAGGAGGCGCUGCUGGGAGACAUGGAAGGGAGGCUCAAACAGGAGAAGCCGCUCCUGCAGAUCUCGGCCUACUGCAGCUAUAACUGGGGUGCCCCGGGCCUGGACGGCAGCGUGGCAAAGAGCUUUGAGAAGUGCGCCGUCGAAGCUGUGAGCUCGGCCUGCCAGUCUCAGACCAGCAUCCUCGACAGAAUUUCUUUGCGUGAUUUACGGAAAUUCGGCAACCUGCUGUCUGCUGUGAUCACGGAGUCCUGGCCAGUGAGCAACGGGGAGGCCGUGCAAGAUGUGGAGGAGGUUUUAAAGCACCUGUUCACGGGUCCAGACAUCAAGCAGCUCUUCAAACUGUAUGGAUCCGACGAGAAAACGUUAGCAAACUUGACCGAGGACGGCCAGAGGCUGAUGGGCACCGCGGACUCUGUGUUCACAGACGUUGUUGGGGACCUCCUAAGUGGGCAGAUUUUCGUGCGACAACUGGAGCUGCUUGAGAAGCACAAGGCUCAGUUUCUCGACAUCUGGGAAAUAAAGAGUAAAAGUCUUUCACCCCAGGAUAAAGAACGCGAUAUGAAGGCUGCGCUGGACUGCAGAACGAAUGAGCUGCAAUUUUUAAAAAGGGAGAAACAAUAUAUCGAUCAUCUCUUGAGCCUGUGUGAGAGAGUGAAGCAUCUGAUAAGAGUGGACUUUGGAGAGAUUGCGCACAGACAUUCGGAAGACCUUGGCAGCAAGAGACUAAACGAGGUUGUGAAGGUGAGAGCACCCCCCUGCUUCCAGGGGGAGCUCACAACACACUACCACCUGAGCGCCCGGGUCCAGGUAAUGGGGAGAAAGGCAUGCUUGCUGAAGGACAGCCACAUCUUCCAGAUGUUUUGGAAAGAGGCUGCCGAGUCACUGACGGGGCCUGAAGAGCAGGUGCUCCACCUGGAGGACGUGUACCACCGGUUGUGUGUUCCCUGUUACCAAAGGUUCACUAGACUCUACCAGGCUCUCAAGGCAGGAGAGGUCACCUUUGCAGAAAUCAAUGUCGUCUUCAAAGACUUUGUCAAUAAAUACAGUGACCUGACUUCAGACCUCUGGCUCAUGUGCACUGUGGACCAGAGUGAUCAAAAGCACUGGGUCAGGGAGCGGGUUGAGCAGAUCAAGGAAUACCAUCACCUGCACCAGGCUGCAUCCUCGGCCAAGGUCAUCUUGAAGAUCAGAGCGAACCUGGGCCUGACUGGUGACUUCAGUGUCCUCCACACUCUAUUACAAUUUACCGAGGCCUUUGACUCCUUCCGCCAUGAAAAGUUGGCCCGCAUGAACCAUCAGCUUAUCCGUGUCAAAAGGCUGGUCCAGGACAUCAGCGGUGACCGGUGCCAGUGCCUGGAGGAGCUGUCCCUGAGGAAGGAGUUCAUUAGCUGGGUCCAGGAGACCCUUAGAGACAUGAACGGGGUCAAGGUGUUUGUGGACCUGGCUGCCAUCUCAGCAGGUGAGAACGACAUAGAGGUGGACCGUGUGGCCUGCUUCCACGAUGCCAUGCAGGGCUAUGCUUCAGUGCUCUACAAGCUCAGAAAAACAGCAGGCUUUGCUGAGUUCAUGGACCAUCUGAGAGAGCUGUGGAAGGCUCUGGAAAAUGACCCACACCUGCCCGAGAAACUGCGUGAUUCUGCCAGGAACCUGGAAUGGCUGAAAACAGUGAAGGAAACACACGGGUCCGUGGAGCUCUCGUCCCUGUCCCUGGCAACAGCCAUCAACAGCAGAGGGGUCUAUGUCAUCGAGGCGCCGAAAGAUGGCCCAAAGAUCUCCCCAGACUCCGUCCUACACUUGGACCUUCCUGAGAGUCUUGGUGACCACGGGCAAGCACGACGGUACUCGUUAGAAGAGCUGAGAGAGCUGCAGAACAAGCUGAUGCUGAUGUCUGGCAAGAAGGAGCAGAACAUGGUUGAAGUGGAGGUGUUCGCUGAGGUGUUCUGCAACGUGCAGCGGCUUGUGCAGUCCUUCCUCAGCCUUUACUCUGCUGGGAACAUGCUGUUCAGGACCUGGAGCGCCCAGGUGUACUGCUCUCCUAAGGAGGGCGUCUGCAUCCUCAUGGACUUUCACUUGGAGCUGGUGGGCCAGCUCACGGGGAGCGGGGAGGUGGCCGGGCUGCUGGAAGACCUGUGUAGGCAGAUGGAGCACUUCCUGGACCACUGGAAGAUGCUUGUGGGAAAGAAGCGGGCUGAGUAUUUCCACCUCAACUUCUACACAGCCGAGCAGCUGGUCUACCUGAGCACGGAGCUCAAGAAGCCCAGGCCCAGUGAGGCAGCCCUGAUGAUGCUGUCCUUCAUCAAAGGCAACUGCACCUGGCUUGAUGUCCUAGAAGUCUCCAGGAGGACUGAUGAAUCAGCCAGCAGACACCGGGGGAGGACAGUGAAGGCAGAAUUACUACGGAUCCUCUCCUCUGAGCCCAGCCUAGCGGGCAAGCUGAGGGCUAUCAUGGAGCAGUUCGCGGCGUGCAUGUGCGUCUUCUUGCCUCAGUGCUUGGACCUGGAUGCCCUCGGCCAGUGUCUGGCUCACCUGUCCACACUGAGUGGGCCUCCUGUGGAGCGACAGCUGCCCAGCGGCCUGCUGGCCGGUCAGCCCAACCUGGUGGUCUGUGGCCAUUCGGAGGUGCUACUGGCCGCCCUGGCCAUCUACAUGCAGGCCCCAAGCCAGCCUCUGCCCACCUAUGAUGAGGUGCUGCUCUGCACCCCAGGAACCACGUUUGAGGAGGUGGCGCUGCUCCUGCGCCGCUGCCUCACCCCGGGCUCCCAGGGGCACAAGGUCUACAGCCUGCUGUAUGCAGACCAGCUGAGCUAUGAGGUGGGCUCCCGGGUGGAGAAGCUCUUCCAGAGCCUGUGCCUGCAGCGCCACCGCGAGGACUACCAGCUCGUCCUGGUCUGUGACUGUGACCGGGAGCACUGUUACCUGCCCUCGGCCUUCAGCCAGUACAAAGUCCAGGUCAUCCCCCAGGCGACACUGGAGGCCAUGCAGACCUACCUGGCGAGCCACUUCCAUGCCCCACCACAGACCCUGUCUGCAGCUGCUGUGUUCAGGGACAAGAUGUGUGUUGGGGUGGUGGCGUCCCAGAGAGCUGGUGUGGGAAAAUCUCUCUAUGUGAUGAGACUGCACAGAAAAUUGAAGAUGAAAUUUAUUGGGACAAAAGUGCCUCUGAAAGUCAUUCGACUGAUGGAGCCCCAAGUGGAUGAAGGCCAGGUCUUGGAUGCCCUCCUGCCUUUCCUGAAUGCACAGUGCCAGAAACGUCCCGCACUUUUCCACAUUGAUAUGACCUCCUCGGUACGGUCUGGAAUUUGGGGGUUUCUGUUCAAACUCCUCGUUCUGCAGUACUUAAUGGACAUAAACGGGAAAAUGUGGCUUCGGAACCGGCGCCAUUUAUAUGUCAUUGAGAUCCUGGAAGGGAAUGGAGCACUGCCAAAGAGCUCUUCAAGACGGGGUACCCGUGCCCCACAGUUCAGUUUUCUUGACAUCUUCCCCAAAGUCACAUGCAGGCCCCCGAAAGAGGUGAUGGAGAUGAGGUUGGGCCCUGAAUCCAGCCAGAGAGCACCAGGGAUGGAUCAUAGUGAGUUCUGCAGCGAAACCUUCCAAAGACCAUACCAGUAUAUAAAGCGCUUCCAUCAACACCACAACCUGGACACGUUUCAGUACCAAGAAGGCUUUACUGAAGACACACCAGAAGAAUGCCUCCAGCACUUCUUGUUUUACUGUGGGGUGAUGAACCCUUCCUGGUCAGAGCUUCGAAACUUUGCUCGGUUCCUGAAUUACCAGCUCAAAGACUGUGAGGCGUCCGUCUUCUGUAACCCUGAUUUCACUGGGGACACACUGAGGGGAUUCAAGAAUUUUGUGGUGACCUUCUUGAUCUGCAUGGCGAGGGAUUUUGCCACACCAACCCUGAACACCUCGGACCAAAGCCCAGGGAAGUGUAUGGUUACCAUGGAUGGGGUCAAGGAAGAAGAUCUAGCUCCUUUCACUCUGCGGAAAAGGUGGGAGUCAGAGCCACAUCCAUAUGUCUUCUUCAAUGGUGACCACAUAUCCAUGACAUUCAUUGGCUUCCAUUUAAAGCCCAACAGGAAUGAUCAUCUUGACGCGGUCAAUCACUUGAAUGGGAAGGUAAUCAAGAAAAAUGUCAUGACAAUGAAGUUAUACAAGAGCCUGUUGCUUCAGAGGGUUCCCUUCAAUGUUGACUUUGAUCUACUGCCCAGACAUGAGAAACUUGAAAAGCUAUGCAUGGCAUUAGGAAUCCAAUGGGCCACGGACCCUGAUGACACCUACGAGCUUACCACAGACAACAUGUUGAAGAUCCUUGCCAUCGAGAUGCGGUUCCGGUGUGGGAUCCCCGUUGUCAUCAUGGGAGAAACUGGCUGUGGGAAAACCAGGCUCAUUAAAUUCCUUAGUGACUUGCGGCGUGGGGGUGUCGAUGCUGAAACUCUGAAGCUGGUCAAGGUCCAUGGAGGGACCACUGCAGAUAUGAUCUACUCCAAAGUCCGGGAGGCAGAGCAGAUUGCUGUCUUCAAUAAGCGUGAAUACCAGCUCGACACCAUCCUGUUCUUGGAUGAAGCCAACACGACCGAAGCCAUCAGCUGUAUCAAAGAGGUUCUGUGUGACCACACAGUGAAUGGCGAGCCCCUGGCCAAGGACUCUGGUUUGCACAUCAUCGCAGCUUGCAACCCUUACCGGAAGCACUCCCAGGAGAUGAUCAGCCGUUUGGAGUCAGCUGGCUUAGGGUACAGAGUUAGGGCCGAGGAGACAACAGAGAAGCUUGGCUCCAUUCCUCUGAGACAGCUGGUUUACCGUGUGCAUGCUCUCCCGCCAAGCAUGAUUCCUCUGGUGUGGGACUUCGGACAACUGAACGGUGUUUCUGAAAAGCUCUAUACUCAGCAAAUUGUCCAGAGACUGGUUGACUCCAUCGAGAUAGACCACAAUGAGACUCGUCUGAUCACAGAAGUGCUUUCUGCCUCUCAAGGCUUCAUGAGAACAAGGGGAAAUGAGUGCAGUUUUGUCAGCCUUAGGGAUGUGGAACGGUGUGUCAAAGUUUUCAAAUGGUUUUAUGACCACAGUGAAAUGCUCUUCUCAGAGCUGGACUCCUUCCUCUGUGCACCAAGUGUCACAAAAACCAAAUCUCAGAGAAAUCCGGUCCUCUGGGCUUUGGUGCAGGCCAUAGGGGUUUGUUACCAUGCCUCUUUGGAAAGGAAAGAGUUAUAUCGCAGAGCCAUUUGCAGGUGUCUUCCAGAACCAUACAAUGACAGCAAGGUUAUCCUGGAAGAAAUGACUCAAAUACAGGAUCUUUUUCUGAAUGGUGUACCUCUGAGGAAAACCAUCGCCAAGAACUUGGCUUUGAAGGAGAAUUUCUUCAUGAUGGUAAUCUGCACUGAGCUGAAGAUUCCUCUCUUCCUGGUGGGAAAGCCUGGCAGCUCCAAAUCCCUUGCAAAGACAAUUGUGGCUGAUGCCAUGCAGGGCCAAGAAUCUUACUCAGUUCUCUUCCGGAACCUGAAGCAAGUCCACCUGGUGUCCUUCCAGUGCAGCCCUCACUCCACUCCCCAGGGAAUCAUAGCUACCUUCAAGCAGUGUGCCCGUUUCCAGCAGGGCAAGGACCUGGAUCAGUACGUCUCUGUGGUGGUGUUAGAUGAGGUUGGACUGGCUGAAGACUCUCCUAAGAUGCCCCUGAAGACCCUGCACCCACUGCUGGAAGAUGGCUGCAUUGAAGAAGAUCCUGCACCCCAUAAGAAGGUUGGCUUCAUAGGCAUUUCCAACUGGGCACUGGAUCCUGCCAAGAUGAACCGGGGCCUUUUUGUGUCACGUGGCAGUCUCAGUGAGAAGGAGCUCAUCGAGAGUGCCAAGGGAAUUUGCCACUCAGACACGCUAAUCCAAGACAGAGUCCAAGAGUACUUUGUCCCCUUUGCGAAAGCCUAUGAAACGGUGUGCCAGCUCCAAGACAAGGAGUUCUUUGGGCUUCGUGACUACUAUAGUCUCAUCAAAACGGUCUUUGCCAUGGCCAAGGCUUCCCACGAAAAGCCUUCCUCCCAGGACAUCGCACAGGCCAUCCUUCGGAACUUUAGUGGCAAAGAUGACAUCAAGCCGCUGCCUAUUUUUAUGGCCAAUUUACCCGAGGCAACGUGCUCUGAAGAAGCCAGCACUCUCCAGCUGAUCCGGCAGAACAUUUACUGGGAUCAUCCAAAGGGAUCAGGAGGAGAGCUGGAAGAUGCUGAUUGUCGUUACUUGCUUGUGCUCACCAAAAAUUAUGUGGCCCUGCAGAUCCUCCAACAGACAUUCUUCAGUAAGGACCAGCAGCAGCCAGAGAUUAUUUUUGGUUCCGGUUUCCCCAAGGACCAGGAGUAUACCCAGAUCUGCAGAAAUAUCAACCGCGUGAAGAUCUGCAUGGAGACUGGCAAGAUGGUAGUCCUGCUGAAUCUGCAGAACCUCUAUGAGAGCCUCUACGAUGCCCUCAACCAGUACUAUGUUUACUUGGGUGGUCAGAAGUACGUGGACCUUGGCCUGGGGACCCAUCGUGUCAAGUGCAGAGUGCACCCAGACUUCCGCUUGAUCGUCAUUGAGGAGAAAGAUGUUGUCUACAGACAGUUCCCCAUUCCUCUCAUCAACCGACUGGAGAAGCACUAUCUGGAUAUCAACACCGUGUUGGAGAAGCAGCAGAGGACCACUGUAGAAGAACUCAAGGGAUGGGUAGAGAAGUUCAUCCAGGUGAAAGCUGAUCCUUUCAUAGUCAGACACAAAUACAGCCCCCCUGAAGUCUUCAUUGGCUACCACUCUGACGCGUGCGCCUCCGUGGUGCUCCAGGUCACAGAAAGGCGAGGUCACGAGGACUUGCCCGGCGACCUCUACCACACAGUGUUGGAGGAAGCCAAAUUGAUCCUGCUGGGUUGUGCCACUCCGGAUGCUGUGGUUCGGCUGAGCACAUGCUCACUGGGGGCGUUUGCAGCCCAAUCUCUCUCCCAGGAAUACUAUUAUAAGCAGCAGCAUAACUCCUUUGCAGAUUUCCUUCAGGCCCAACUGCGCGUGGUAGAUCUGGAGCACCGUGCCGUCUUCACCGAGAUCACUACUUUCUCCAGACUGCUCACCAGUCAUGACUGUGGGGCUUUCGAAUUGGAAGUAGAGGGCAGAACUCCGAGGCCCACCAUCCUGUCCCUGCAGCUGUUUGACACUGAGUCCUCCUUCCUGAAAGACAUCCGAAACUGUCUAAGCAACAACGCCAAAUAUAAAAUCCUCAUCAUUCAGACAGAUUUUGAAGACGGGGCCCACAGCGCUCAGCUCAUUGCCUCAGCUAAGUAUUCUGCUAUAAAUGAAAUCAACAAGAUCCAGAUAAAAAAGGACUAUGUCUUGGUCUAUUUCAUCACAAAGUUGCCCAGGAUGGGAAGUGAAACGUCCUACGUGGGAUUCCAUGGAGGGCUGUGGCAGUGCCUGCACAUCGACGACCUCCACAGGUCAGCGACCAUGGUUUCCGACGUGACCGAGCUGCAACAUGUCUCCAUCAGCCAGCUCUUCGCUCCACAGAACAGGCCUGAGGUGGAGAUGGGACACGGGACAGGGGACCAUGAGGAGGAGGAGGCGAUGGAGACAGAGCUGAAAGGACCUGGGGACACAGCAGAGCUGGGAAUGGACACGGACAGCUCUGCCGAGGUGGAGGGGGCAGCCUCUGGGCCCAGAAGCACUGAGGUCCUGGACACUAGCAGACUCCUGAGCAGCUGCGUGCAGAGUGCUGUGGGGAUGCUCAGAGACCACAACGAGCGCUUUCCACGCAACACGAGGAGAGUAGAGAUCCUUCUCGGCCUCUUGAAUGAAGAAGAUGGAUUCAGAGCCUCUUUCUUGAAGGUCUUCAAGGACCGUCUCUACUCACUCUUGAAGAAGCAGGAGGAGACCAUGUACAAUGAGAAGGAGUGGGUAGUACGGGAAGCCUCCAAUCAGGAUGCCCUCCAGGAGGCGGGCACGUUCAGGAACACCCUGUGGAAGCGACUCCAGAAUGCGGUCACUGCUCCCCUGGCCAGUACAAUAUCGUUCAUCGACAGAGACGGCAACCUUGAGCUGCUAAUGAGUCCUGAUUUUCCAUCCUGGGCAAGAGAUCUCUGGAUGUUUAUCUUCAGUGACAUUAAACUUCUCAACAUUCCUCUGGUGGUGAAUGAUACAAGGUCUCAGAGUGAGAUGUCCCACAUUGUGGUGCAGAACAACAUGAAGCUUUCAGACAACAGCGUCCCGUUCAGCUGGAGAAUCAAGGACUACCUGGAGGAGCUGUGGGUCCAGGCUCAAUACAUCACCGAUGCUGAAGGACUGUCAGAGAAGCUAGUGGCGAUCUUCCAGCAAACUCCUCUGGGCCGGUUUCUCGCUCGACUCGGUGGAGAGCAGCAGCAAACACUGCUCCAGUGGUACUUGAAGGACUUCCUGCUCUUGACCAUGCGCGUGAGCACGGAGCAGGAGUUGCAGUUUCUCCAGCUGGCUCUGAGGUCCUGCAUGGGCCAGCUGAGAGCGGUGGCAGCAAGGCCAGAGGACGAGGUGUCCCUGCCGUGGGUGCACCUUGCCUAUCAGCACUUCAGGAGCCGGCUGCAGAACUUCUCUCGGAUCCUGGCUGUCUGUCCGCAAAUCCUAGACAGCCUGACAGAAGCAGUGGAGAGCCGCCGCCUGCCCGAGUAUGAGAUGACGCUGGAUGCGCUUGCAGCCAUGGCCUGUGUUGAGCUGCUGACGAGGGACGCCCUACAGCCCACCCCCCAGGCCUGGCUGCAGACGGUGAAGGACCUGUCCACACCGCUGGAGUUGCUGUGUUCUGAGGUGCACAUGCAAGGCAGCGGGAACGUGACCACAGCGCUCGUCAGGGAGCUCAGGACCCAGUGGAACCGCAUUUUUUCCAUUUCCCUCUUCGUGGAGCACGUGCUCCUGGGGACCCAGAGCCAGAUCCCGGAGCUGCACUCGCUGGUGAUGGACUGUACUGCCUCCCUCAACAAGUGUCUGCAAGGGAACUCUGACAUCAAGACCUACAGGCCUUUUGCAGCGGUAAUGAGUACUCUCUGUGAAUGUAAGGAGCGGGCCAGCAAGACCCUCACCAGGUUUGGGGUGCAGCCAUGCCCCAUUUGCCUGGGAGAUGCACAAGAUCCCGCCUGCCUGCCCUGUGACCACGUAUACUGUAAAGGCUGCAUCCAGUCCUGGCUCAUCCCAGGGCAGAUGAGAUGUCCCUUGUGUUUAACUGACUUGCCAGACAACUUCUAUCUGACUGUUUCCCAACAGCACAGGGAUGCCAUCGAGAAGCACGCCCGGUUCCGGCACAUGUGCAACAGUUUCUUUGUAGAUGUGGUUUCCACCAUGUGCUUCAAGGACAACACUCCCCCUCAGAGGGACGUCAUCGAGGCCCUGCUGUCUCUACUCUUUGUUCAAAAGGAGCUCUUGCGAGAGGCCCCCCAGAGACAUUGUGAGCACACAAAAUCUCUCUCCCCGUUUGAUGACGUGGUGGAUAAGACUCCUGUCAUCCGCUCAGUGGUACUGAAACUGCUGUUGAAGUACAGCUUCCAGGAAAUAAAAGAUUAUCUUCAGAAGUACUUGUCUACAUUAGAAAAGAAAGUAUUCCUCACUGAAGAUAAAACUGAGCUUUACACACUCUUUAUCAACUGCCUCGAGGAUUCAAUACAUGAGAAAAUCAGUGCUUUCUCUGAGAACGAGGAACUGAACUACCUACGAGAAGAGUGUCUUUUCCUUAAGUCUUAUUCCCCAUCAAGACGUGACCCAACUAAGGAGGCUUCCAUUAAAUACCUGCAGGAGAUGGCUCGGGUGCGCCUCUGUCUGGACAGGGCUUCUGACUUCCUCUUUGAACUUCACACUGGCUCAGAGAUGGCUGAAGAAAAGCAGCAUUAUCUGCAGCACGUUGAGCACUUCUGUUCCCGAGCCAAGAACGACUGGUUCCGGGUGUACUUAGUGAGGAGGCUCACGAGCCAGCACACGAUGGAGUUUGUGCAGAAUCUCGCCCAACGGGGCCACCCGGCCCAGUGGGUGUUCCCCAAGGAAGUCAUUACACAGCAGGCGGACUCUCCAGGCCAGCUGGACCGAUUCCUUGUGUACGGCGAUGGAUACAAGACUCUUCGUGAUGCGGUGGGCAGAGCCAUCCUGGAGUGCAAUCCCAAGGGCAUGGCAGCUGCUCUGGAGGUCUUCAGGGAGCCUAAAACUCAGCAUGAAGUCUACUUACUGCUAGCACUUUUCCGGGAACUCACGGUUUUGUACAGAUCCCCAAAUGCAAGCCUCCACCCGAAGCCUGAGCAAUGUGAAGCUGUGAACAGAUUCAUAGAAGACACCAAGCCCUUUUCUCCUGAAGUUCGAUGUUUUGCAACAGCCCUGGUGGCCAACACUCUGCCUCUGCUGACCACAGAUAGCCAUGAAGGGGGCCCUGAAGCAGCAGUAGCAGAGAUGGCUGUCCAUGCUGCAGCCAUCCUUCUCUGUGUGCAGAACAAAGUCUUGGAACCCCUGAGGAACUUGGCCUUCUUCCCAGCCCACAUGGCGAAUGCUUUCCUUCCAACUAUGCCUGAAGACUUGCUGGCUCAAGCUAGGAAUUGGGGAGGUCUGACAGGAGUUCGCUGGUACACUUGCCCCAAUGGUCAUCCGUGCUCUGUGGGAGAGUGCGGCAUGCCGAUGCAGCAGAGCUAUUGCAUUGACUGUGGACUUCCAGUUGGAGGUGUUAAUCACAGACCCCAUGAAGGCUUUCAUGUUAUCACAAGUGACGCAGACAGAACUCAGACUGGGCACGUGCUGGGGAGCCCUGCUAACAGACAUGCGGUGGCAGUCUCUGACCGAGAGCUCUCCCCCGUGGUCUUCAUUCUUCUCCGGCUGCUCACUCAUUUGGCUCUGCUUUUGGGAGCUGCCCAAAGUCCCCAGGCCCUGCAACACAUCAUUAAGCCUCCAGUGAAGGACCCCAACACGUUUCUCCAGCAGCAUAUCCAGAAAGACUUGGAGCAGUUGACAAAGACCCUGGGCAAGAGCGCCGAUGAGGUGGCCAACGUGGUGCACCUGAUCCUGCGCAGCCUCCUCAGAGAGCAUGAGUCCCACUCUGGGCAGAGCCUUUUACACUUUGAUGCAAGACUGCCAACCAAGAAGAUGAGAAACAAUUGGGAAAACGUUGUUAAAGAGAGAAUUCUAUCUGAGCUGGAGCAUCUAGAUCAGACACUGCAGACUGUGAAUACUCGCAUCAGCCAAGAUGAACGCAUCAGCUCCAACCCUGUGGCCAAGAUCAUCUAUGGUGACCCGGCGACCUUCCUGUGCCACCUGCCCCAGAAGAGUGCCGUCCACUGUUCUAAGAUCUGGAGCUGCCGAAAAAGGAUCACAGUCGAACACCUGCAGCACAUAGUGGAGCAGAAGAACGGCAAGGACGCCGUGCCCGUCCUCUGGCAGUUCCUACAGAAGGAAGCAGAACUGAGACUGGUGAGAUUCUUGCCUGAAAUUUUGGCCCUGCAAAGAAACCUAGUGAAGCGAUUCCAGAAUGUUCCGGAAGUUGAAUACGGAUCCCUCAGGAAUUUUAUUGACAGUCACAAUUCAGGUAUGACACUGCUCUGGGAAGAGAUUAGGAUUGUGUUGGGCGACUCAAGGGAACCCCCCAACUGGGACAGACUGCCAGGCACACUCUGCUCCCUCAGCUUCCACCAAGAGCCAAAGGGUUCCACGAGUCCCCAAACACAUUAGCAGCUACCUUUGCGGCUGAAAAGCACUUCCCUCUUUCUUGAUCCUCAAACUUGACUCUCGUGUUAAAGCCACAUUUUAACGGCGUGGUGAUGACACGGAGAUGCCCAGUUGGCUCUGGCCAAAGAGAGUGCCAUCGUGGGUGAGCCGUUGGGUCCCCUCUGCCAUGACCAGGGCUUUGAGUGAUUUGCUAACACGCAGAGUGCAUUGGGCAGUGGGUGCUCUCAGACGCAGUUAGGUGAACAGUUAU